AUGAAACGAGCGGUCGUUGUCUACAGUGAGCGUAUUCGGGGCCCAGAAUGGAUGAACGUAUUUGAAGAGGAAAUCAACGUUUCUGAACAUAGCCUGUUUGUUGGGAAGAGCGGUGUGGAGGCCGAAACGGGUUCCUGCAUCAAACAUAUUGACGAGGGUGAAAUCGUGGCCAGGUGUGACAUGGUAGUGGAGAGGGCCGAGGAUAGCGACGACGGUGAAAACCAAGGAUGGCUUGCCGACAGAGGUCAUGGCAUGGCGGGAAUAUGUAGUGGCCGUGUUUUGGACGAGGAACGGCUGGCUCUGAAUAUGUGCCAUAAAUACGGGCUACCGAGGUGCUGCCGGGCGCAAAAGGGCGACCAUGACGAGGGUACUGUCGGGUUUAGUGUUGGCAGCGAUGAUGUCUUUUAUGAGGAGACAAACGUAGUCGAGUUCCAAAAGUAA